UGAGGGGUUGGGCACUUCUCUGCUUUGGAGCAGAGUAGCUCUGAAGAUUAUUUACUUUCUCUCCGUAUAACAAUACCUUUAACGACGCGAUGAGCGCAUCAGUGGCAGUGUACAGAAAUAUAUACACUGAGGACCGGUUCAAACAGGCUUAUGGUACUGAAAACCAGUCUCGAGGCAGAGAGCGGCUCCGCGACAGACUCGCGCAGAGAUGCAGCUGUUCUCGGGUGAAGUGCCUUCACCUGCUCAAGAAGAGAGUGCCCAUCUGCAACUGGCUGCCAAAAUACAAACUCAGAAAAUGGAUUUUAGGAGAUAUUGUGGCAGGACUGACGGUUGGAAUAGUUCACAUUCCCCAAGGCAUGGCCUUUGCUUUGUUGACAUCAGUGGCUCCUGUCUAUGGCCUUUACACAUCCUUCUUCCCUGUGGUUCUAUAUAUGCUCUUUGGCACUGGUCACCACGUUUCCACAGGUACAUUUGCUGUGUUGAGUCUGAUGACUGGCUCAGUGGUGGAGCAACUGGUUCCCACCCCACUUGCUCUGAACUCCAGUAGCCCAGAAGCUGCAGAGUUUGAGGCGCAGAGGAUUGGGGUGGCAUCAGCUGUAGCGUUCCUCUCAGGCAUAAUGAUGCUCUGCAUGUGCGGGCUCCAGUUGGGUUUCCUCUCCACAUAUCUCUCAGAACCGAUUGUAAAGGCAUUCACCAGUGCAGCCGCCUUCCAUGUGACUGUCUCACAGCUUCAGAGCAUGCUUGGAUUACGGCUACCUCGAUACACUGGUGCCUUCUCUCUUUUUAAGACUCUGGGGUCAGUAAUGGAGAACCUGCCCCACACUAAUUUGGCUGAGCUGGUGAUCUCAUUGCUCUGUCUGGCUGUCCUUGUACCAGUAAAAGAGGUCAACUCACGCUUCCGAGAGCGACUCCGGACUCCCAUCCCUGUGGAGAUCAUCACUGUAAUAAUUGCAACAGGAGUUACAUAUGCAUCCUCUCUGGAUUCCAAAUACGACAUACAGAUAGUAGGACAUAUUCCAGCAGGCUUCCCAGAGCCACGGCUGCCCGCAUUGGAGACGGUUCCAUUGAUUGCUGGUGACACAGUUGCCAUCACUCUUGUUGGCUAUGCCGUAUCUGUAUCUCUAGCCAUGAUUUAUGCUGAUAAACAUGGAUACUCCAUUGAUCCAAAUCAGGAGCUUCUAGCACAUGGGAUCUCCAACACUGUGUCCUCUCUCUUCACCUGCUUCCCCAGUUCAGCUACACUGGCCACCACCAACAUUCUAGAGAGUGCCGGAGGAUACACACAGCUCGCAGGACUGUUCACAAGUCUGGUUGUUCUUAUUGUACUUCUGCUGAUAGGCCCUCUGUUCUACUUCUUACCCAAGGCAGUGCUUGCUUGUAUAAACGUGACCAGUCUGAGACAGAUGUUCCUGCUGUUUCAGGACCUCCCAGACCUUUGGAAAAUUAGCAAAAUUGAUUUUAUUGUGUGGCUGGUGACCUGGCUGUCAGUAGUUGUGCUAAAUGUAGAUUUGGGACUGGCCAUUGGAGUGGUGUUCUCCAUGAUGACUGUUAUCUGUCGCACACAGAGGGCCAGCUGCUCCGUGUUAGGGAGAGCUGCCAACACAGAGAUCUACAGAUCCAUCGACAACCACAAUAAAUGCUAUGAGGUCCCUGGUGUGAAGAUACUUACCUACAAUGGGCCCAUUUACUAUGGGAACCGUAGCUUUUUCAAGGCAGAUAUAACUCAGCUUUUGGGCCUCACCCCUGAGAGGAUACGGAGCAGAGAGAAAGCCAUGAAGGCAAUAGAGAAGAGGGAGAGAGAGGCCAUCAGCACUGUAGAACAAGGAGUUGCAGACAGUUCGUUUUAUUCAAAUAAUUACUUGUUUAGAUCAGAGAUGGCAGAGGGUGAGGUCCAGGCUGUGUUGAUUGACUGCAGCAGUGUCAUUUUUGUGGAUGUAGCUGGAGCUCGGCUAUUCAUACAGAUGUGCAUGGAGUGCCAGAAGAUUGGGGUACGGAUAUACCUGGCAAAUUGCAAUGAGAGUGUCCUGAAGAUUCUCACAUCCAGUGGGCUGAUGAACUAUAUGAAUCCUCAACAUAUUUUUGUUACAAUCCAUGAUGCUGUGGUCUACAUACAACAACAGCGGGAGAAACCUCCAGAGAACAACACAACAGUAUGGGUGUGAUUAACAGAAAGUUUCAAAGUAAUUCAAAUUAUUUGACCAGAAACAGUAGGACACCAGGAACCAGCGGAAGACUACAAGGGUGUCAGAGGCACUCCCAAAAUCAUUCCAAAACUCCACAGUUGUUCACUUAUUUAGGCUCAGCAUAAUAUGUAUAGUGCCUUUAGGCCGUACAGUAUGUCAGGGCCUCAGAAUCAGCACCCUAAGAAAUGGUAGCACUUCACAUUUAGACCAAGUCUUCAGAACAUGCCCAAUUAGAGUCUCAGUGCAGCUCUUUUCUCAUAGCACAGUGGCUGUUGUUUAGUUCCUGUAUAGAAAAUGAAAACCAAAAGACUGAUACAUUUUAUUGAUUCUGUAUUUCUAAACACUGAUGAACCUUUUCAGUCUAUCAGAAGGUCUUAUUUCAAUUUACAAAUAAAACAUUUAUUCUAUUUUUUCAGAGUGAGAGUGCACUGAGUGGUCAAAUGGUAUUUUAAUGGAAUUGGAUGUCCUGAGCUUACAUUGUUGCCAUCAUUUACACCAUUUUAGAGAAUACAUAAAUGCUGUUUGUGAUAUUAAAGUCUAGAUCCAUAAGCUAUUUAUAUUAUUUAUGGAAUAUUCACAUCUUUGUUGAACUAAUUGGCAGCCAUUACAUUGUCAUGUUAAUAGAUUAAUAUUAUAU